AUGGCGGGCUGCGGGUCCCGAGCACUGCCCUGCGGGAAGGCAGCGAAGGCCAGGCGAGAAAUCGAGCGCAGAGCCGGUGGGGCUGCGGGACCUGGUACACCCUCCACAGCCGGUGGCCCGGGUGCUAAGCCCCUCAUUGCCCGGGGCCGGCAGGGCCGGCUGGCUGCUCCGAGUGCGACGCCCGUCAAGCCCACGCCCACCCAGAACUCCAGCUGGCCUGCAAGCGCCGCGCGCAGCCCGGGUUCCCGCUGGCGCCUCUCCCUCCACACCUCCCUGCAAGCUGAGGGAGCCGGCUCCGGCCUUGGCCAGCCCAGAAAGGGCCUCCCACAGUGCAGUGGUGGGCUGAAGGGCUCCUCAUGUGCCGCCAAAGCGGGAGCCCAGGCAGAGGAGGCGCCGAAAGCCAGCAAGGGCUGUGAGGACUGCCAGCACGCUGUCACCUCUCAUUUCUUUACCAAGAGGAAACUAGGUAAGAAGUGCCUUUCACCUCCUGCCAUGAUUCUGAGGCCUCCCCAGCCAGGUGGAACUGCAGAGAAGCCUCGUCCUCUGGUCACCUUCGCCUUAGCCCAUGGGGAGUACUGCCAGACUGCCAUCGAUGUUCUCUUAAGGCUCAAAGUCUCUUCAAUCAGCUUGUGCAUGAAUGUUGCCUGGCCUUGGACUCACCUCUCAGGUCAGUUGGCUCCUCUCUGGCCCAGAGUACAUCUGGAAAUUCCACCCAAUAGUCCAGUCCUGGAAUAAGCCACUCCAAGGCCCCACUGGGGGCUGUAACAUAUUUUGACAGAGCUGGCAUCAAAGGUGAAAGACAAAGUCUCCUAUACUUUUUCCUUCACUUUUCUGAUGCAAAAGGAGUCUCUCCCCAUAGCCACCACAGCUGGAAAUGUGCUGAGUUUAACCUGAGCCCUGCAAGUCUCAGCAUCUCACCCAAUCUCCUCAGUGUAGUACCUGGGUGUUCCUACUAGAUAUUUAGGGCCCAAGGACCCUUCAGUUAGCAGGUGAUAAGUUUUGCCAGGUGUGGUUUCUUUCUUUCAAGGUAGCAGGUUUCCUUCUAGACUAAGGUGUAUCUAGAAAUGUCCAGGAACUAGAGCCUGAAAAGAGAGCCUCAUGACUCUGACCAGUGCCUCAUCCUACUGUGGCUGAGCUCGUAUCCAAGACAUAACACAAAUCCUUCCCGUUCUUUCCUCUCCCCUCCACAAGCAGAAUGAAGGGGUCUCUUUUGGAGCCACAAGCUGUGCAACCUGGGUUUAGCAGAGGAGUGAUUCCAGUACUCCCUUAGCUACGUUAGCUGAUAUCUCCGUAGGCCACCUGCCCUCUAGCCUACUGUCUCUGGGCCCAGUUCAGCCCUAGAACUUGUCAAGGUGUUACGGUUCUCACUGUCUAGACUGCCUUUCAAGUUUUUCUGAGAUCACAGAGCACUUCAGACUGUGGUGGCAAGGCUUGUGGGAACUCAAGUUUUGACUGCUGGGAUUGGCUAUUCUCCCAUUGCUAGGACUGGUUUAAAUAUUCCCUUUGUGGGAGAGCAUCAGGUAAGUUUGGUCUGGUUUUGCUUUCUGCUAUAACAGGGGCAGCACUGAGCUGCGUUCAAUGCCUCAAUAUUGCUGGCUCCAUCUAUCACCAAGGCACAGAAAAGCUCUUCACACCAUGCCACUGCUUUUGGGGACGGGGGAGCAGUGGCUUUGCUGACUGAAAAUGUUCUUUCCUGUCACUUCAUUGCCUCUUUUAGUGAUAUAAAUUUAAAAUCAGUUACUGUGAGUGCUCCCCUAAUUUUUGGUUCUUAUGAAGGUGCUUUUUUGGUGUCAAUAGUUGGUAAAUUAGUGUCUUUCCUGGGGGCAAGAUCAGUGGAACCUAUUACACCAUCUUCCUCUACCUACUCUUAAAUUGCACAUUUCUUUAAAAUGGUUUUUAUAUUCAUUGGAUCAGAGAAGAGAUAAUUUAUGUGUCAUUAAAUCAUGUACAUACAGUGUAGUAAAAUACCCAAAAGCUUAAGAAGAUACAUAAUAAUGGGAAAAUUACUUUUGAUUUAGGUACUUUAUUCCAUUUUCUCAAAAACAUCCUAUUAAGUGUAUUACAAUAAAAAUGAAUAUGAUGAAUUCACCAAAUCUUGAAUAUAAAAUUAUUUAUACUAAGUUAAUUUUAACCCUAAGAAUUAACAGUAACAAAAGCAAAACUGAAAUUUUUAAGAAAUUUGUAGCAAGAUUACAGGAUACAAAUUUGACAUAAAAACGUCUACUGCUUUUCUUUUCACCAUCAAUGAAAAAUUAGAUUUUGAAAUUCAAAACAUAAGAGCAUUUAUAUUAGCACCAAAAAGAAUGAGGUGCUUUUAAUACAAACAUUGUGUGAUAUCUAUUUGAAGAAAUCUUUAAAAAAUACUAAUAAAAAACAUAAGAAAUAUGAAUAUAUGGUAAUAUAUUCCGUGUUUCUGAAUGGGAGGAAUCAGUAUCGCUGUCAGUUUUUCCACCUUGAUCAAAGAUUCAACGUGAUCUCGAUCAAUAUUACAGCAAAUUACUUUUUAAUAGCAACAAACGGAUUUUAAGAUUUAUAUGGAAAGUCAAAAGAUAAGAAUAUUUAACAUAGCCCUGAAAAUAAAAAUUUGGUGGACUGACAUUGACUGACUUAAAGACUCACUAUAAGACUCCUGUGAUCAAGACAGCAUGAUAUUGGCAAAAGAAUAUAUAAUAGAUCAACAGAACAGAAUUAAAAGCCCAGAAAGAGAUCCCAAAAUAUAGCAAACUGAUCUUUUACAG